CCCACAAUGCACCGCGGCUCUCCACUUUCUGCUGUCCGUGUCCCGGGUGUCAGUCCAAGAUGGCUCUCCACCGGCUGUUCCAGCUGUCCUCGCUGCUGCGCUCUGCUGUGAGCCUGACGCUGCUGCGCAGGAACAUCGGCCUCUCCGCCGUCGUCUUCAACAGGGCCAAGGACCUGGACCCGGUCCAGAAGCUGUUCCUGGACAAGAUCCGCGACUACAACGCCAAGAGCAAGUCGUCUGGCGGCAUCGUGGACGCUGGCCCCGCCUACCAGAAGAACCUGAAUGAAGAGGUGACCAAACUGCAGAGACUAUACGGUGGAGGAGACAUGGUCAAGUUCCCAGAGAUCAAAUUCACCGAGCCCAAGUUUGAUGAAGCGGCAAAGUGAACAGUGUUGUAAAUCUGCUGCGUGUUCCGAAUCUGUUGUAUUUAAUAAAAACACAAAACCUGUGAA